UCGAGGCGGCGGCCGGCGCCGGAGCCGCUCGGGAUCCGCGCAGGAGCCGCCCGCGGGGCCCGCAGAGCCGGAGCCGGAGGCGGGGGCGCCAGAUUGGCUCAUCACCUCAAGCCAGGCCAGCCCGGUGCUGCAUGCAAAUUCAGCUGUGUGCUAGGAAACACUAACGCGGGACCGGCAGCAUGGACUUCGUCAUGAAGCAGGCCCUUGGGGGGGCCACCAAGGACAUGGGGAAGAUGCUGGGGGGCGAGGAGGAGAAGGACCCGGAUGCGCAGAAGAAGGAGGAGGAGCGGCAGGAGGCGCUGCGGCAGCAGGAGGAGGAGCGCAAGGCCAAGCACGCACGCAUGGAGGCCGAGCGCGAGAAAGUCCGGCAGCAGAUCCGAGACAAGUAUGGGCUGAAGAAGAAGGAAGAGAAGGAGGCGGAGGAGAAGGCAGCACUAGAACAGCCUUGUGAGGGCAGCCUGACCCGGCCCAAGAAAGCCAUCCCCGCGGGUUGUGGGGAUGAAGAGGAGGAAGAGGAGGAGAGCAUCCUGGACACGGUGCUCAAGUACCUGCCCGGGCCCCUUCAGGACAUGUUCAAGAAGUAACGGCCCCGCCC